CACUAUGUCGUUGGUUGACCGAGGCGUAACAGCUCAGAUAUCAAUAAUCUUCUGCAACCAAGAAACUACAGAUGCAAUAUAUUAUAUGUACAAUGUCUGAAGCUCCUACUAACAUUAUCAAGUCUUCAUAAAGGUACGUUUUAUAUAUUCCUGGCUUGGUUUACCGAUGAGCAGCAUUUCAUCGCAUUUGAUACAGCGCUACUUAGGCUAUUUACUCAACUAUAUCUUAGCUUAUGCUUACAGAGGUUAUAUUCAGACAAAACAUCCUACUUUUUUAGUGCGUGCAGGGUGCGAGCACUACCUUAUAGAGCUUUGUCAUUUCGCUUGGAGAGAGCAAUAUUCUUUCAAAAUCAGGCCUACAGUAAAUCUUAAUCACAUUAGGCCAAAGCUGAAUAAAUAUGACACACGGUUUAAUGGCUGCAUUGAUGAAGAUGGAAUGCUAUCAGUACCUGAUUUGUUUUGCCCUGUUUGCAUCAUUUAAUUGUACAUUUCAAUUCACUUAUAACUACGACCCAUCGAUAUCCGGAACUUACCCGCCAAGAGAUCUACGGUGCCCAAAGGAAUGCAACUGCACGUAUGUGGCAAAAGGAGGUUCAAAAUACAGAAAUGACGUAUAUUGUUCACAUCUGACUUUAAAAAAUAUUCCUUCAAAGAAUACGGUACCAACUGAUGUUGCUUUUUAUUUCUUGAAUGACAAUCAAAUUCAAUCACUGAAAAACAAUUCCUUUAACAUAUUUUCUGUCCUAGAUUUUCUGGAUCUUCAAUAUAACCAGCUAAAAAGUAAAGAUAUUGAACGCGAUGCAUUCCGUGGAUUGAGGAAACUGACAUAUCUUGCGAUAAAUGAUAACUAUCAACUCAGUGAACUUCAAGCAGCAUGGUUCGUAGACCUUGUAUCGCUAGAACAUCUGCAUCUACAACGCUGCGGAAUUAACAUAUUAGAGAGUGAUGUCUUUAAGCCUUGUAAACAUUUGAACAAAGUUAAUCUUGCUAACAAUAAUAUUUUGUCAUUCCCAACAGGCAUUUUCCAAAACAUGUCUUCCCUUGUGUACCUAUAUAUAGGCAAUAAUAGAAUAAUUAAACUUCAAAAUCAAGCAUUUGUUCGUUCCAACCGUAUACAGGUAAUCGAUGUCAGUAACAAUGGCCUCACUACCAUUAACGAAAACGUUGGUUUACAAAACCUGAGCCAAUUGCAGAGACUUAAUGUAGCAUACAACAGAUUCUCGUGUGAUUGCAAUUUAGUCUGGUUUAGAAAUUGGAUUAACAAAACGAACGUCACACUUGACAAAUUUGUUCAUAUGCAAUGUUACCGUAAACAUGGAAAAAGCGAGAAGUUGUUGGAUUUUGAUCCUGAUACAUUACAGUGUAGCAAAUUAAUUAAGGUCUUAAGGAUCACCAUUCCGUCUGUGUCAGCUGGAGUUGUCAUUGUAAUAAUUGGAUCUCUUCUGUACUACUACAGAUAUGAUUUAAGGUAGGUUAUUCGCCAACCAAAGAAAUAUGAAAAAAGUCAGGAAUUUUGAAAACGAGAAAGUGAGUGGUGGGGGAGAUACAUUAUGAGGACUCAAAGUUUCAAUCUAUUUUAUUGCUUUUCAGAAUAGUAGUAUAGUUGUAAACGAAAAAUAGGUCAAUAAAUCGAAAUGCCUCGGAGUUCUUUUUUUAUUUAUUCGAAAAUAAUGACA